GCGCGCGUGCACACACACAGGUUUUCACAGCUAUCCUUGCAAGGACAUCUGCCUUGACUUCAAUUUUCCAUUCAUUUGGACAGCUUUAUCCCCAACCUUAACCAUAACCAGUUAUUGCCUAACCCUAAACUUGACCUAACCACAGUCCACACCAUAAUCUAUACUUUCAGUCAGAGUGUGAGAAAUUAGGUUAUGUCUCAUUAGGACGCGACUGGGACGGUCCUGCUGAGAACUACUGGUCCUGACGAGCUCCCGGCCCAGCCAUGUUCGGCACAGAGUCCUCAUUAAGCAUGUUUCUCAACACCCUGACGCCCAAGUUUUACGUGGCUCUGACGGGCACUUCCUCCCUCAUAUCAGGACUCAUAUUGAUCUUUGAGUGGUGGUAUUUCAGGAAAUAUGGGACCUCCUUCAUAGAGCAGGUGUCUGUGAGCCACCUGCGCCCCCUGCUGGGCGGAGUGGACAGCAGCUCCCCCAGCAACGCCAACACCAGUAAUGGGGAGGCCGACUCCAAUCGACAAAGUGUGUCUGAAUGUAAAGUGUGGAGAAAUCCUCUGAAUUUAUUUCGUGGCGCAGAGUAUAAUCGAUAUACAUGGGUAACUGGUCGAGAGCCUCUGACGUAUUAUGACAUGAACCUGUCGGCGCAAGACCACCAGACCUUCUUUACCUGUGACUCAGACCACCUCCGGCCGGCUGAUGCCAUAAUGCAGAAGGCGUGGAGAGAGAGGAACCCACAGGCUCGCAUCUCUGCCGCACACGAAGCACUGGAGCUUGAAGAUUGUGCGACAGCAUACAUCCUCCUGGCAGAGGAGGAGGCCACCACCAUCAUGGAGGCUGAACGCUUGUUUAAACAGGCACUAAAAGCUGGAGAGAGCUGUUAUCGCCGCAGCCAGCAGCUCCAGCAUCAUGGUACACAGUAUGAAGCCCAGCACAGAAGAGACACCAACGUGUUGGUGUAUAUAAAGAGAAGACUGGCCAUGUGCUCCAGAAAGCUUGGCCGAACACGAGAAGCUGUUAAAAUGAUGAGAGAUUUGUGUGUUUUCCAGUUAAUGAAGGAGUUCCCUCUCCUCAGUAUGUUCAACAUCCAUGAAAACCUGCUGGAGUCGUUAUUAGAGCUCCAGAACUACGCUGACGUCCAGGCCGUUCUGGCCAAGUAUGACGAUAUUAGCUUACCCAAAUCUGCAACAAUAUGCUACACAGCAGCCUUGCUCAAAGCGAGGGCGGUAUCGGACAAGUUCUCUCCCGAGGCAGCGUCCAGACGAGGACUGAGCACAGCAGAGAUGAACGCAGUAGAAGCCAUCCACAGAGCGGUGGAGUUCAACCCUCACGUCCCCAAAUAUCUGCUGGAGAUGAAGAGUCUGAUUCUUCCUCCAGAACACAUCCUGAAAAGAGGCGACAGUGAGGCCAUCGCCUACGCCUUCUUCCACUUGCAGCACUGGAAAAGGGUGGAGGGGGCGCUCAACCUGCUGCACUGCACCUGGGAAGGCACGUUCAGAAUGAUCCCCUAUCCUCUGGAGAAGGGACACCUCUUCUAUCCUUACCCCAUCUGCACAGAGACAGCCGACAGAGAGCUGCUACCCACAGUGUUUCACGAGGUGUCAGUGUAUCCAAAGAAGGAGCUACCCUUCUUCAUCCUCUUCACAGCCGGACUCUGCUCCUUCACCGCCAUGUUGGCUCUGCUCACACACCAGUUCCCUGAGCUCAUGGGAGUGUUCGCUAAAGCGUUCCUCAGCACCUUGUUCGCUCCUCUCAACUUCAUCAUGGAGAAGGUGGAGAGCAUCCUGCCGUCCAGCCUCUGGCACCAGCUCACCCGCAUAUGACCUCACAUACCACCACAGAACCAGACCCCGGAGAAAACCAGAACCAGGAGCCGACCUCCAACCGGACAGAAACAGCUGAACUGAAACCCAGAAUGCUGCAUUGGACUGAACUGACCACACGUCUGUGCCAAGAUGAAGAGUUCAAAGCAAACGGGCGCAAGCGGUCGCCAGGAGGAGGAGGAGGAGGAGGCGUGAGGCGAAAAACACAACACAACACAA